CGGUGCAGCUUGGCCACCCUCUCUAAGGGAAUUCGACCAUCAAAACAGAAAGAGUAGAUCCCCACGGGACGAAGACGAGUGUAACUCCAACCCUUGCCAGAAUGACGGGACCUGCAUUGAUGGUGUGGAUCAUUACAUCUGUCAGUGUGCACGUGGAUGGGUCGGCGUUCACUGUGAAACAAAAGAAAAGUUGUCGUCAAUAGAACGGACUUCACGUGAUUGGGCACACAUUCAAACUAUCUCAGAUUCUCAAAUACGUUUUCAAACAGUAGAACGGCCUGGAACUGUCCUUACAAAAUACUGGGAACAAUUUAAACCAUCAGAAAAGUUCCGCUUCAACAGUGGCAUAUUAACUGUGCUUGAAGAAGGUGACUAUUAUAUCUACAGCCAGGUUUUGUCUCAAAACAACAAUACGAAUGGUAUACGUGUGCCAGCAACCAGCCAUUCUGUAAUGGUGGUAAAAGAUGAUAAGGACAACCCAUACCGCUUCCUGAAUUGCUUGAGGUAUAUGGAGGAAACUAAGUAUACGACCUGGAAAACCUGUUUCACGGCAGGGGUCAUGCACCUCUCCCCAAACAACAGCGUGUACCUGAACAUUCACUACCAUGACUGUAUCAUCAAACUGGAUCAAGCCGCAACGUUUUUUGGAGUCAUCAAACUUCCCAACACCAGAGGCCAACCCAACAAAAGCCUCGUGGAUGGAGAAAAGUCCUCUUCGGAUAAAGUAGACGAGUGUAACUCCAACCCUUGUCAGAAUAACGGAACCUGCAUUGACGGUGUGGGACACUACAUAUGUCAGUGUACACGUGGAUGGGUCGGCGUUCACUGCGAAAUACAAGAAAAAUUGUCGUCGAUGGAACGAACUUCUCGUGAUUGGGCACAUAUCAAAGCUGCCGCAGACUCCACAGGUGACACGCACACAGUGAAACGGGAUGACACUGUCCUCACAAAGUACUGGGAGCUGUCUGAUCUAUCGGAAAAGUUCCGCUUCAACAGUGGCGUACUGACUGUGUUGGAAGAGGGUGACUAUUAUGUCUACAGCCAGGUUUAUUAUCGGUACAACAAUAAACAAUUGAAAUCAAUCAGCCACUCUGUAAUGGUGGUACAAAAUGAAAAGGGCAACCCAUUACGCUUCUUGACUUGUUGGAAGUAUAUGGAGGAGGUCGUGCCCUGGAACACAUGCUUCACCGCAGGGGUCAUUCACCUCCUUCCAAACAGCAGCGUGUACUUGCACAUGCCCUGUGAUGGUUGUGCCAUCGGAGUGUACCAGGACGCAACGUUUUUUGGAGUUAUGAAACUUCCCAACACCAAUAGUUCUAACAUGAAAGUGCAGGGAGAAAAUUCCCCUUCAGAUAAAGUUGAAGACGACCCGCCAGCCGUCGCCCACCGUGUUCAAUCUACCAAGUCAAAUUUUGAGAAACUGAUGAGAAGUAACUUUCUAACCAUACUAAAUGAGUUACCGAACGGCGCUAAGUAUCGCAUUACAAGUAGAGGUAAAAUAGUGUUGAAGUGAAGAUAACUUUGGGAAAAACUUUUGAGUUUAGAGCUGUAGUAGAUUUUGACUCACUGCCGACACGACGACAAGCUGUACUAUACAGCAGAGAGCAAUGAUAGAUACAUUGUAUCUUUAAUAACUGUGUACUUUGCACCACCAGUUGUACUGUGA